AUGGACAGAGACAGCGCGAUUGGGGAAGAAGGCGACGUGCCUGUCCCUACGGAGAACCCACUUGAACCCUCAUCACCCCUGAAGCAGCCUCCACCAGAUGUCAAAUCAACGGAGGAAGCGCACCCAGCACAGCCUAUCUUGCCAGGCGAUUCUGCUACCACCAAGGCGGAGAAGGUAGAACGCCAUGGCUUCCCAGUCACAGAUGCAACUGUGGGUGAUUUCAUCGACUCUCCAGCAAAGAGGACGAAGCUGAGCCAUGACAACUCUCACCCCUCAGGCACUUCAAGCUUGAAUGCAUCCGGUGCUCCUUCAGCGAGUGAGAGGAGGAGAGGCGUUGCUCCUAUCAAGUCCGAAUACCUCAUUAGCAGGUCAAGCGCGCCGUCUGCAGCCGUUGAUGACGAUGCCGCAGAAGCAUCAGGCCCGCGAUAUGAGGCGAAUGGGUCGGCUGGUGACAAGCGCGACAAGAAAAAGUCGAAGCAGAAGGGACAGAACACGGGCCGUACUUUCGGCAGCUCUCGAGACACCCUUCAGCUUUGCAGCUCCCGCGCCUUAUUUCCUGAAUUUUCUCCACGAGAAUGCAAGUUCGGCCCGAAGUGCAAGUUUGAGCAUGAUCUACGUAAGUAUUUGAAAGAAGGGAAACGGGAUGAUCUCAAGACUUUCGGUGGAGUAUGCCCAGUCUGGAACGUACGGGGGCUCUGCAACGCCGGCUGGAAGUGCCGGUUUGCAGGAUCUCAUUCGGAAGAGCGGGAAACAGACGAUGGUCGCAAAGAGCUCGUCCUUACGGAAGACCCUGUGCGCAAGGCAGAAGCCGAAAAGCUAGGGAUCACCGAAGACGAGGUGGGAGUGGUCAACGUUGUGAGCACGGAGCGUAAGAUCGAUCUCAAUCGCAAGAGGACGAAGACGCCGAAGGCAGAUGCAUACACCGAGUUUCUCAGCAAGACUUGGGGAGAGAACGCCGUACACCCAGCGAAUGGUAGGUCAAACAAAGAUGACGAGUCGAUGGACAUAGACUCGAAAGAAGCGAGGGAGAACAACCGAGCUCAGUAUAUUGAGCCACCCUUCUUACCAUCAGAGAAGCGUCGCCUUUACUACGGGCCAGAAACACCAGUGCUGGCUCCUCUUACAACUCAAGGCAACAUGCCGUUUCGACGCCUCUGCGUAGAACUCGGCGCGCAAGUCACGUGGUCAGAGAUGGCUAUGGGACUUCCCCUCAUCCAAGGAGACAAGGGCGAGUGGGCGUUGAUGAAAGCCCACCAAACCGAAAUCCAGCCACCUAAGUUCUCCGGCAAGAACACUGUUGUCGCAGGCUAUGACAAUACCAAAGAUCUCAAGUUCGGCGCACAGAUCGCUGCGAACAAGCCCUGGCUGGCCCUGAAGACGACAGAGAUUCUCACAUCGCUAUGUCCGAAUCUUCGUGCCAUCGAUCUCAACUGCGGCUGCCCCAUUGACCUGGUGUACCGUGCGGGCGCUGGGUCUGCGCUUCUGGAUACCCCUGGCAAGUUGGAGAAGAUCCUGAGAGGCAUGAACGCCGUUUCGGAUGAGGUCCCAAUCAGCGUCAAGAUUCGCAUGGGCACGAAAGACAAUGAUCCCACCGCCCACAAGCUUGUUAAGCGACUGAUCUUAGGCGGGCAAGAGGCUUAUGAGGCAGGUCAAGGCGCAGCAGGUGUUGCGGCCAUUACACUCCAUGGCCGAAGCAGACAACAGCGCUACACCAGGCAGGCUGACUGGAAAUACAUUUCUGACAUUGCUGCCCUCAUCAACCGCUUAAACAAAGACACGGACAAAGCAGCGGACACUGCUGCGGAACCUGAUCCAAGCCAGCUUGUCAGCUCAGGAAAGGUCUAUUUCCUGGGUAACGGCGACUGCUACUCGCAUCUCGACUACUUCGGCCACAUCCAGGACGACAAGGUCGACUCAGUCAUGAUCGGCCGCGGCGCUCUGAUCAAGCCAUGGAUCUUCGAGGAGAUCGAGAAGGGCCAGUACCUCGACAAAUCUGCGUCCGAACGCCUGGCCUACAUCGAGAAGUUCGCCAAGUACGGGCUUGAGGCAUGGGGCUCUGACGAGAUUGGUGUGGGCACCACAAGGAGGUUCUUGCUGGAGUGGCUCAGCUUCUCAUGCCGCUACGUACCUAUUGGGCUGUUGGAGCAUAUGCCUCCGCAUAUCCACGACAGGCCACCUGCCUACAGGGGACGUGACGAUCUGGAGACGCUGCUGGCGAGUGAUAACUACCGGGACUGGAUCAAGAUCAGUGAGAUGUUCUUGGGCCCAGCACAUCCGGACUUCAAAUUCGAACCGAAGCACAAGUCGAACAGUUAUGAGAUCGAAGCGGAAGGUUAA